AUUUAAUAACUGGUUUUAAUAAAAACAUUCAUUAUAACAAGAAACGCCAGUGAAGUGCAGAUGAUUUUUAAAGCUUUAAGUCGAAUUUGUGGAUUUCGUCUUUUACGGGAACUGAUAUUCUUAAUUACUUGAGACUAAUAUUCAACGUAACAGGUAACGUUGCCAAGAAGAGCAAAUGGCAGCCAGAACCAAACUCUAUCGUCUUCUACGAGAUGAUGAAAAUCCCUUGGACGAAGGAAUAAAAGCCAAACUUCCCAACGAAGACAAAACUCCGUUGCAGCAUAUUCGUCACGGAUCUCGGCAUAAUUCGCAAUGGAUCUCAACCUCAAGAAAUCUUUCUGAUGUUGACGAAUUAAUAAGAUUUAAAAGGAGAAAAGAGGGGCGGUCAAGACGGUGUAGAGUUGUAGAAAUAGAUGAACAAAGGUUAAAGUUGUAUGCAGAAAAGAAUAGAGAUAAUAUGCGACAACUUCUAAACUUAAUGAUGAAAAUGACAGUUAAAGAACAACGGAUAAUGUGGAAAUUAUUCACUCAAUUAUUGGAAGAAACAACAGGAAAAAUAUUUGACUUUACCGACCAAACAGUUAUGAACGAACAUAUCCCUAAAGAUCCUUUCAGUCUAAGCGAAAACGAAAAGGCACGUGGUUAUGCAAGGAGAUACAGCGAGGUGCUCGUCGAGCGUUUUAUUCCGGCCGACUGUUGCAUUCGCAUUUGCGACAGAUAAAAUCAGAGUUUAAUAUGAAGUUUGCAACAACUUAAGCAGAAACUAUGUAUAUUGAAUGAUACUUUAGUGACUAGAAUCUUUGUUAAUUUGUACAUUCACAGAAGACCUUGCAUGGAAGUUACAUGAGAUAUGUUUAACUAUAGGAAGUCAUAUUGUACAUAUUUUACUUCAUUUUAAUUUCAUUAAUCAUACUUACUAAAUUUUGAUGGUUGUUCUCAUACCUUAUGACGAGAGCUUUUCAAAACAGCUCGAAAGAUUUCACUCAUACUAAAUCAUUUCAGAGUCAUGUAUUAGUCAAUUACCAUAAAUGUGUGCAAUAAAUCAUCAUUUUAUAUUUCA